UCGAAACGAUGGACAGCUGUAAAAAAUCUCACUGCAGCUAAAAUAUCUGAUAGACUCUUCCUCUUCGAAACUUCUGCCUACCGUUGAAGAAACAGAACAUGAACAGUAGCAGACCUCCUACACCGCCUCUCUUUCAAGAUUUUUAUCAAACACCUUGUCUGCAUAUAUACAUGUUACUUAUAUAUACAUGCACAAUUCCUCCAUAACUUCACACUGCCCAUUUUCACUAUCUGUAUCUUCAUCUGAAGCCAUGGAUCCUCUCUAUAAACCCUCACUUUCAUCUUCUUCAUAUCGCCCACUUAAAUCUCGUCCAUUACAAUCGGUUUCUUCUUCGUUGCCCAAUUCGUGUCAGCAGCCACUUCCCCUAUCGAUGGCUUUUGAUGACCAUCUGGAGAUUGGAACUGGUGAUGGGGGUAUUCCUCAACCGCUUGAUUGCUUAAAUGGGACACCAAUCCCGCCAUUUUUGUCCAAGACUUUUGAUUUGGUGGAUGACCCUGUACUAGACCAGAUUAUCUCAUGGGGUGAUACUGGUGCAAGCUUUGUUGUGUGGGAUCCACUGGAGUUCGCCAGGAUAAUCUUGCCAAGAAAUUUCAAGCACAACAAUUUUUCCAGCUUUGUUCGACAACUAAACACAUAUGUGGGUAUAUAUUUGCUUUAACACUAGACCCCUAAUCAUGGGGGUCGCUAUGUUAGUCUCAUAGUCUGUAUGUACACUCUUUAACUUUUGCUAUUUCCAAUAUUUCUCUCUUCUCUUUCUUUGUUUCCUUCAAAUUUCAUGUUUGUCUUUCGUUUUACACAUCUGUAGCUUAGCCUUUUCUGUAUAUUUUCUUUGUUGGUUUGCCUCUAGUAUAUAUUUCAAUGUAACUUUACACAUAGAUAAUGGAGGGGGUUUGUUUUCUAAUUCUGAUCAUCAUUUGGUCUUACUGGUUUUUGAGUUGGGUAUCUGGAUACUGCGCGACUCGGUCUGCAAAUCAGUUUGUUAUUGGCAACAAGAUUGUUAUCGGAUAUGUUUUUUUGUUAUUCCUCUAGUUUUCAUUGGUUUGGAACUGCGCAUAUCAAGAAUUCAACUGACCUUCAUUGUAUUGUAUUAAUGAGAGGUACUAAUUGUCUUCUGAACAUACUUCUCUUUCCAAUAUCUACUGGAGAUAGAAGAUUUAUGAUGCGCCAGGGAUUUCGCAAGGUUGACACAGACAGGUGGGAAUUCGCUUGUGAAGGCUUUUUGCGAGGGAAAAAGCAUUUCCUGAAAAGAAUUCGGAGGCGUAAGUCACAGCAGUCUCAACAGGUUAAAGAAGAAGGGAGCACCGUUUCGGUUGAAGCUGAGUUAGAAAGAUUACAGAAGGAGAAGAUGGAGAUGAUGGAAGAGGUUUCCAAGCUACAACAGCAGCAACAUGGGACACAUCAAUAUAUGGAAUCAGUGAACAAAAAGCUCCAAGCAGCAGAAGAUAUGCAGAAACAGAUAGUCUCAUCCUUGGCUAAAGCUAUUGAGAUCCCAAAAUUCAUAUCUUGUGUCAGGAAAAGGAAAGAUCAGGGUCGUAUUUCUUCUCCAAGAACAGUUCGGAAGUUUGUUAAGCAUCAUCCUGGUAAUCAAGAUUGUGGAUUAGAUCCGAUUCUAGUUGAUGAUACGGUAAGGAAUCUUGAUUUUGGCACAGAAAUUGUACCAUUGCAACUACAUAAUAUUGAUUCGCAGGAACCGAAUCAAGUUGAAGAUCCCCUUCCGGAAGAAGAAAGUGUGUUCAACUUAGAUUUUGAAGCCAAAAAAGAGCACUAUAUAUCAUCUCCAGUGAAUAUGGCUAAAGAGAACACCAUGUUAGAACUCUUUUCUCCUGGGAGUGAUGACUGCAUGGUUAAACAGGAAGAAUUUUGGAGCUCGGAUUUGGCGGUUGCUGCAAUGCCUAUUUCCAGUAAUGAAAUGUGGAAUGAUAUUGGAAACUAUGAAUUACCAGAAUUUGGUGCCGCUGGUGGUCACUCCUGAGGAUGAUAUCUAGGAUCCAAUCCAAUCCAAUCAGACAAGAAAAAGACUUGGGGCCUGUUUACUUGAGGCUUAAUGAGCUUAGUGGAUAAACCGGCUUAUUCACACAGACAAGCAAGGCUGUUUACCUUGGGCUUAUUCGCUCAAAAAUAGGCUUAUUCGCCCAGAUGAAAAACCUGUGUUGUCCAGGUUAAGCCAAGGUAAAAGACUUGCCCUACCCUUACACAAUAGUCGCGCCUCUCUCAACUCACGUCUCUUCUCCAUCGAUCCAACACCCUAUUGUCGCGCCUCUCUCAACGCAAGACCUUCGAUCUCUUCUCCAUCGAUCGACUGUUGCUCUCUUCUCCAUCGGUUGUUGGUCUCUUCUCCAUCGAUCGACGGCUGUUGGUCUCUUCUCCAUCGAUCGACAGCUGUUGCUCUCUUCUCCAUCGAUCGAUGGCUGUUGCUCUCUUCUCCAUCGGUUGUUGCUUUCUUCUCCAAAAUCGAUCGAUUAAGGUAUUUGCUGCUGUUAAUUUUUGUUGUUUGCUUAAGGUUUGCUUACCUGUUAAUAUUUGCUGUUUUUAUUACAUUUGUUUACCUGUUAAUGUUUCAAAAAUCACACAGUCGUAUAUGGCAUUUGGUGAUUAUGGGUUUUGGUUAUGUUCUUUGUCCUACUUAGGUUUUAGGUUACAAUGACUGUGAAACAUUUGGAAAUUAGAAAUUGGGUACAAGAAAUUUCCAAUUUCAAGUUGUUGUUUGCACCUUUAGUUGAUUAGUAAAUAGAGAUUAUGGUAUAUAUCAUGGAAACAAGAAAUUUCAAACUGUUGUUUGCCUUUUUGGGGUAUUUGCUGUU